ACGACUCAGCUGCGACUCCGAACACUCGAGAAAAGGUUCUGCUAGAUGCAGCCGAGUUCAGAAAAGUCUACUCAACUCACCACGAAGGUAACUAUGGCUGACAGAUAUCCCUCCCAGCAAACUGCUGAAGAUGUAGACUUCUGUGUUGAUCCACGGUUUACUGAUCUACAGCGGAUUGGCUAUGGUGGGAAUGGUAUUAUAUAUUCUGCAACAGACAGUGAUUGUGAUAAAUCUGUUGCUAUCAAGAAGCUGUGUUUUAUCGACAAAAAAAGCUGUAAAUACGUGUUAAGAGAGAUAAGGAUAAUGCGACGUCUACAACAUGAAAAUAUAGUCACAGUCUACGAAAUACUGGGUCCGAAUGGAUUUGCUAUGGGCUGCCAUGGCAACAUCAAUGUAAAUGAAAUGAAGAAUAUUUAUGUCAUUCAAGAAUUACUUGAUAUAGAUCUCUACCAGCUUAUUCAGCAGGGUCAGAUGACAGAGGAGCAUGCUCGCCUGUUUCUGUAUCAGCUGUUACGAGGUCUCAAAUACAUACAUUCAGCAAAUGUUGUCCAUAGAGAUCUGAAGCCAGCCAAUCUUCUUAUCAACCUUGAUGAUAUGGUAUUAAAGAUAGCCGACUUUGGACUUGCCAGAGUGGUGGAUACAGAAUAUUCUCAUAAGGGUUUUCUGACAGAUGGUGUAGGAACAUGUUGGUAUCGAUCCCCAGAGCUGAUAGUGUCACCCAGAGACUACACCAAGGCUAUUGAUAUAUGGGGAGUUGGAUGUAUCUUUGCUGAGAUGUUGUCAUGUAAACCACUAUUCCCUGGAGCCAAUGAAAUGGAUCAGAUGGGGCAGAUAAUUGAUGCACUCUCUCUUAAUGACAAUGAGUGGAAUGUACUUACACAAGUUCUGCCAGGAUCAGUGCUCCGUCAGCGGUCAAAGGCUCCAAAACACUCUCUCAAAUCUAAUUUCAAAGAUUUUAGUUCUGAUGCUGUUGAUCUACUGGAGAAACUGCUGGUGUUCUGUCCUGGUCAAAGAGUCAUGGCAGAAGAAGCUCUAGCUCAUCCUUAUCUCCAAAAGUACAGUUGUCCAGAGGAUGAACCGAUUGUCAUCAAGUCCUUUCAUAUAGAACAUGAGAUUGACGAUUUGUCUCCUAAAGUACUAAGAAAAAUGAUCAACCAAGAAUCAAUUGAAAAACCAAAUCAAUGUGGCAGCCAUAUUGAAGUCACAAGGGUAACAGAUAUCAAAGAUAUUUUGGUGGAGAAGCAGACUUUUUGUAAUAAGCAGGAGAGUCUAAAAAAAUCAUUGUCUUCAUCAUCAACAUCAUCUGCCACUUCAUCAACAAAGUCAUCAACGAAAAACUCAGGGAUAUUUAAUGAAAAUCAGGAUAUCAUAGAUGAUUUACUUAGCAACAGUACUGACUCUCUGACAGAAAUUCAAAUAGUCCCUUCAGAUGAUAUAUGUGAAGAAAUUCUGCUUAUAGAGGAAAGUACUCCUAAAGAAAUGCAAUUGAAUGUAGUGGUAAACUUACCUGAUGAGGAAAACAGGAAAGAACAACUUUCUCCAAAGGAGGAGAAAUUCCAUGAAGAAAAGGAGAGUGAAAAUAGGGGAAACAAAAAUGUUUUGUCUUCUCCAAGAUCUCAGGGAAACAAAGGUUUGAGGAAUUUCACAUGUCCAAAGGUGAAAGAUCGUCUUAAUGAAGAAAAACGAGCAGAGUCACCAAGAGAUGAGAAACAAAAUAUACUGAAAGGAAAAAUUGACCUUGAAGGAGUCAUACAUAAAGGUCGCAGCAAAGAGAAAAGCAAGGGGGAUAACUCUAAACAGGAAAAAAUGAAAAACAAUAAGAACAAUAAAUACAGUGUUGAUACAAAUCCAGAUUUUGACUCCAUGUAUCGCUUACCAACAGAGCAUCUGAUGACACAACGACGCAACAGUAUACAGGAUAGAAGGAUUCCGGUACCUACACGUGUAGAGGAUCAGCUAAAACUGCAUGAACAGUUAAACGAAAAGUUGAGAUUGGCAGAGUUGGAACGAGAUUCCUGCAGGUGCUCUGGGGCCAGUGGUGGGAAUGUGACUUUUCCUGAGUCGGAAUUCAGAGAUGAAAUCUUUGGAGAGCAUAUUCGUAGUCGCACAGGUAGUGGUAGUUCUGGGUCAAAUCCAUCUCGUGAAGACAGUCCAAGCUGUGAACUACCUCACAGAAGGUUUGAGCAUUGAUGUUAGUAUAUAUAUUAAAUGCUGUUGAUUCCUUAGAAAGAUUAUGUUAUAUAAAAUUUCACCAAUCAGUAUUGUGACAUGAAAAGAGUGCAAUGAAGUGUAUAGUACUACUGAUGUUUUUCUGUAGUUAGAUAAUGAUUCUACUUUAAAAGUAAAAGAAACAAAUCCUUAAAUUAUUUUUCUUCUUAUUACUCAAUGUUCAUUCAUCUUGUGGUGGAGUGUUAUAUUGUGUCUUGAUAAAAUUUUAGUGUAAUACUGGUGAUGUUGGGAGUUUUACAUUAUGACAAGGUUUGACUUGACAGAGAAAAAUCAUAUACCUUUAGAAUCUAUUUUGAUUUUUUUGUCCUCAUAUUUACAAAUACUUGUAAUACAAAUUAAAUCUAGCAGCUAGGUCUUGU